GCCUUAUAGUCACGACACAUGACUGACUCAUACGGUGCCAGGGUGGAACCUGAUGACUGAAAAAAUCGUGUGCCCGCCACAAGCCGCCGCAUGGAUAGGGUACUCCGCCCGCUAUGGCUGUCAAAUUUCCCCAAUUAUAUUGUGGAUAAACUGAUAAAGGAACGUAUGAAAAUCCUAACACCAAUAUUCAGAGAAUGGACAGUGAAGCUUCAACGGCCGAUAAAGAUGGAGCUGCUCAUGUCGUCACCAGAAAGGCGAUCUAUAUAUGCUGCAGUUCCAGAAAAAAACAAAAGGCUGAGAUGGAGAAACGGAAAUGCGAAAAAGCUCCUAAAAGAAUCCACAAGGCCGAGAGGGAGAAACAGAAACGUGAUAAUGUGAACACUCUAUUCUCAGAUCUAGCCAAAGUUUUGGAGCCAUCUGGUCAUGAUUAUGGGAAGGCUUGCAUGUUAAGAGAAACCAUACGAUUGGUAGGGGAACUAAUAUCACAGGUGGAUUCUCUCAAAAAGGAGAACACUGCUCUCACUUCAGAGUCUCACUAUAUGAGCAUAGAGAAGGAUGAGCUUAAAGAAGAGAAACAUGCACUUGAAGCUCACAUUGAGAGCCUACAGGCUGAAAUAGAUGAGAAAAUGCAUUCCCAGAACACCAAUAUUCAUUACUGCCAUCAAGCCCCUGAUAUCACUUCUUUGCCAGAUGACAAUCUUACAAGUUCUACAGCUGCGGUUUUGGUCGUUCCAUUACUUAAUGAUAACAGUGGGGCUGAGAGGGAAGAAGCAGCGCACAAUCUCCCAUCCAAUCUGAGUAGGCCCCGCCCGCGGUACCCGUCUUCUACUGACUCAUGGCCUUCACAUGUGCUAAACAGACAUCCCGGGACAACUGAUAAUUCUUAGCCCGGUUAGGCAAUGGAACCAUGAGGUUUUCUAAGUAAAUAAUGGAUUCAUAUGACACUCUUGUGUUCAAGGCGAUGCACAUUUUCAAGACUGCAGAGUAAUCCAGUUUGAAAUAGCUUCAGAAUCUUCUGAAAAGUCAGCAACUGACGUUGAAAUUAAACCGGAGCUUUCAUAGAAAAGCUUAUCUGCUUCAUACAAAGAAGCAGUUUGAUGAGGCAAUCUAAAGAAAUUGACUAUUUCUAUGGUAUCAAUGCUAUCAUUAAAUUGAUGAAUUGUUUACUUUACGAGUCGACUGCUCAUAUCUGUCGUGCAGUAUAUGCAUUUAUGCACCAUGCACACUUGGUUACAUUAGAUAUAUUGUGAAUUUUAUAAGAGGAGUGACUAACUGAGUAUAAGAUAAAUUGUUUUUGCUUAUUUCAA